AAAUCACUUAUCUCUCGUGGAUCCGAAUACCGGGUUUAUCACGAUCAAAUCUCAGUCGGGUGCGGAAAACUCAAGCGAGAUCUUUUGGUGUUUUUUUUAUGUUUAUUGUUUAUCUCUGUUCAUUUCGGGAAAGCGGAGCUGGAACUUUGUAACACUGUCACAUUCUUUGUGUUGACGUCAGCCAGACGGUGAGCGGUGGCUGCGGGUCGCGGGGAGUCCUGUAGCCGGGCGCGGUGAGGGUUGGUAGACCUGGAGCCAGAUCCGAGGCCCGCAUUGGGAGGUGAUGGGAGGCAGAAGGAGAAGAUGCCCCCGGAGGAGGAGGAGGAGGCAGGAGCACAUAGACGAGAGACGUACAACAUGUCCCGUCUGCGGAGCUCCUCUCUGGAGAUCAAGGAGAAGGGAACAGAAUUCCUCCGAGAGCAGCUGGAUGCUGCACAGAAGGAGCUGAAGUUGAAAGACGAGGAGUGUGUCAGACUGUCUGAUAUCAGGAAUCAGCUGGAGCAGGAAUUGGAGGAACUGACUGCCAGUCUCUUUGAGGAGGCUCAUAAGAUGGUGCGAGAGGCCAACGUGAAACAAGCAGCAGCUGAGAAGCAGCUGAAGGAGGCCCAGGGCAAGAUUGAUGUCCUGCAGGCGGAGGUCUCCGCUCUGAAAACCCUGGUGCUGACCUCUACGCCCUCCUCCCCGAACCCCCAGCUCCAUCCUCAGCUGCUGUCGCCGGGCUCCAGUCGGGCCUCGUCUCGUCUCGGGGGCCACACGCGCAACAAGAGCGCCAGCGGUGCGCUACAGCUGCACACAGAGCCCACGCAGACGGAUGUAGCCACAAAGCGGGAGGACAAAGAGUUGGACUCGGUGUUGUUUGCCGAGUUCCUCUCGUGGAAGGAGACACCCAGUCUGGAUCGUUCCCUAGCGUUCAUCAGCAGAGUUUACAGAGAAGACAUCGGGCCCUGUCUUUCAUUCACCUGCUCUGAGUUGUCUCAGUCUGUCCAGUGUGCAGUGGAGAAUAACUCUCUCACCAUCGAACCCGUCGCCAUGUCCUCUCUGCACACCGUCAAAGCCAUCGAAUGUGGAGGCCCCAACGGUUGCCGGACACCCGUAGAAACUAAAUGUGCAUUGAGUGGCAUGUCCCGCCCCUGCCGACACCGCAUCACACUGGGAGAUAAAGAGAAUUAUUACUAUAUAUCUCCAUCUAGCAGAGCACGAAUCACAGCCGUGUGUAAUUUCUUCACGUACAUCAGGUACAUCCAGCAGGGCCUCGUCAGACAGGACGUUCAGCAGAUGUUUUGGGAAGUGAUGCGUCUGCGGAGAGAGAUGAGUGUGGCCAAACUGGGAUAUUUCCUGACGGAGGAGGGCUAGAGAACCUGCCUACAAACACAAAUCCAGCACACGGUCAUCUCAACAUUCAAUCAGACACUCCAAUGCUGGAGUUUUACUCCGUAUUCAUGUAUGUAUUCAGGGAAGCACUACAGAAGAAUUCCCAGAACACUAGCACACUCCCCGAGCCACGGAUAACACUCUGCACAGGCCUCGUGCUGUUGUUGCUUUGGGAAAGACCGAGUGCAGUAAAUGUGCCACUUUGUUAACACUGAGGUAAAUGUUUACAACACAUUCAUAUUUCAAGAAGUAAACAACAGGACGUUUUCUUCCAUUUACCGGUAAAAAAAAAUGUCCAACAUGUGGAGGCUUAUUUAGACUUUUAAAAGUUUUUUUUUUCUCAUCAUUGCGUGCUUACAUCUCACAGUUCACUUUUUUUUCUCAGAAUUCUGAAUUUACAUCUUGAAAAUCUAGAUUUUUUUUUCAGAAUU